CCCGGUGCGCCGUGCUGCGCCUUAUAGAACGGCUCUGUAAUAAAAUCUGUUCCGUAUUGAUUCCGGAUAUUUCGCGAAAUAUCAAAUAUUUCGAUUAUCAGAGUAAACGACUCUUCGGCGCGUAUAAAUUAUUAUUUUACCAAUUUCGCGUUCUUUACUUCCAAGCGCGCCCAGUUUACCGUAAGAGGUCCGCGCGUUUUCUUAGUGUCUUAUAAACGGGAGCACCGAAUAUAUUUCGGGCGGUCAAAUAAUUUCCAUAUAGGUGUAGCGCCCGACGGGGUAUUGGCCACUGAUCCCUUGCUCGUGCAUUACCGCGAGGAAAACGAAAGGCUGCAGAAUGCAAAUGAGGAACUGGCGGAAAAAGUUCGCAACCUCGGGGAGAGCCUCGCCGAACGAGAUUGCUGCGACGAUCCGUGCGAAAAAGUUAAAUACGUGAGGGAGAAAAUAGCGGCGCAGAGAGAUCGUUUCGCUGCCGAAAAAAAACAAAUGCGAGACACGAUAUCGCAUCUGAAGCUGAAACUGGUGGAAGCCGAGGAGGAUACUUCCUGUGCGGCAUUAACUCGUUUGAGGGCAAAGCUUCGUGAGUUAAUGAAAGAUGGUCAGAAGGCCGAUCAACAGGUGCCCGUGGUCGUCGAGAGAUCAAUGCAGACGUCGGUGGAUCUAUCAAAGAGCUACGAAGAUCUGCUACGAGCAGAGAACGAGCGCUUCCAAGCCAAACUGACGGAAAUUCAACGUGCAACGCAGGAGGCUGCUGCUACACCGGUCUCGGAGGAGGGCGUCCUUCCUUUACCUACAGAUGAGGAAGAACCGGACAUGUCGGCACUGCUAAGUCAGCUUCGUAAUUGCGAGACACUCCUGGCUGAAUUGAAAACGCAUUUGGACGAGAAGACGGCUUACGCGGAGGCUCUACGAAGCGAGCUUGAGCAACAGAGAGCCUCCGUCGUUGCGCCUCCAUUACAUCUGGACGAGAUGACCGUCGGCCCUACGACCGCCAUCGAUGGAGUGGCUGAGAUAAAGGAAGAACCCGAGAAGCCUGACGACAAGAUUACGGAGCUGCUCGGAAGCCUGCGGCAGUCGGAGCUGGCUGUGCCGGGCGUGAGUAAGUUGCAGAGCGAGAUCGAAGAUAUGAGGUCCCAACUGUAUAAUCUUGAGACGGAGAAAAAGGAACUGCUCGAUGAGCUGGGGAAGAUACGGGGUGCGGUGUCCGAGAGAGACCGUCAAAUAAAUGAACUGAACAAUGAAAGCGAGUCUCUGAAGGAGCACAUUGAGACAAUAAAAUCCGAAUGCGGCGAAUUACGUAUUAAGAAUGCAUUGUUAGAUAGGGAAAUUCGAAAAAUACAAGAUGAGUCGGCGAGAGCGAAAGAGGAAAAUAACGAGCUGAAGAGCGUGAUCGAUAAGUUGAACGUUGACCUGCGUCUCGAGGAAGAAAAAUUUCAAGUGGCGCAAAAAGAGCUAGGGGGCACGAGGGGCGAUUUGCAUAGUCUUGGAGCUGAAAAUGAAUUCUUGAAGGAGACAUUGGAAAAUGCUAAAUUGGAGACUAACGAACUUAAAGAAGAAAAUGUUGCUUUGAAAAACAAUCUUGAUAACAUGAUUAAGGAACUAGAAUCUUCGAGGGGGGAAAAUAAUAAUAUUAAGGCGGAGAUAGAUCAAUUAUUAUCCGAGAAUGGGCAUUUAAGAAAUGAAUUAGAAAGGCGAGUGGCGGAGACGGAUCAAUUAAGAUCCGAGGGGGUUGCAUUGAAGGACGGUCUCGACAGACUGCUACAAGAAAUGGAUAGAUUAAAGGUUGAAAACGAUAAACUGAAGGACGAAAGUACUGUUGUUAAAACCGAAAAAGACAAUCUGACAACUGAAAGAGACAACUUGAAAUCCGAGAAUGGUCUUCUUAAAGACGACUUGUCUAAGACAAAUGUAGCGUUAGACGACGCAAAGAAACAAUUGAACAAAUUUAAAGUCGAGAAUGGAGUUCUUACGGAAGAAUUGGAGAAGGCUAAUGUAAAUAAUAACAAGCUACUCGCGGACUUCAAUACUUUGCAGAGCGAAAUGGCAAAGUUGAAGUCCGAGAACAGAAAAUUGUUACAAGAAGCGGAUGAUGGGAAGGAAGAACUAACAAAGUUAUUGUCCGAAAUAGAAACUUUGAAAAAGGAAGCAGAUAGUACAACUAAUAAAUUGACGAGGGCGAAUAAUGAGGUUGCAGAUUUGCGGCAAGAAGUGGCUAGGUUAAAUAAUGAACUGAAAGAGGCGAGAGUUACAAAUGAACUGCUAAGAGCGGACGUUCACCGAACGGAAGUAGAGAACACAAAUAUUAAGGCGGAAAUGAGUAACUGCAGAGACGAAAAUGAUAGGCUAAACGUGAAACUAAACGAACUGAAAGAACGAAUAAAUUUAUCGACGGACCAAGUAAAUAAAUUAAGAGAACAACUCGACGGCGCCGAGGAUCGAGUUAAGCUUCUCGAGGCUCAGAUCGCUAGUUUACAGACUGGUAAGGACAAGAUGCAGAAUGAGAUCAACGCUUUGCAAAAUGAGAUCAGCAAACUGAAACUAGAUCUAAGUACAGAAACUACUGCUAAACGAGACAUUCAUGAGGAAUUAGCGGCGUUAAAGAACGAGAUGAAAAAUCUCAUCUCAAAGAUCGAUGAGAUGAAAGUGCAAAAUCAUACUCUAAAAGAAGAGGGAGACGCCCUUAAGAAAGAGCUGUUGCAUCUGGGCGAGGAAUCGUCGAGCCUAAGGGCUGCGAAUGCUGAGAUGACGAGCGAGAUUAAUAAUUUAAGACCGGCUUUAUCUGACCUUCAAUCGCAAUUAUCUAAAGCGGAAGAAGAUAUUGAAUAUUGGAAGUUGGAAAAUUGCAAGCUUAAGAUGGACAUAGAUAGGUUAUCCAUCGAGAACGAAAAGACAAAGGGAGCUUUAAACGUCUGUAAGGUUGAGCAUCAAGCGUUAGAGAAGGAGAUAACGAAUCUUAGAAAUGAGAAGAUUAAGCUCGAGGGAGAAAUCACGGAACUUAAAAAUCUGUUAGAAAGACUAAAUCUGUCUUCAUUCGCCGAAAAAUCUGCUAAAGAAGAGGCAGUGGAGGAACUAACGAAAGUUAAGGAUCAAGUCGUUGCUUUGAAAGAGGAACUUGAAACAUUAAAAUCUGUAUUGACUAAACUAAGAAUAGAGAACGAUAAAAUGAGAGAUAAAGAAGAAAACUUGUCGCGUCAGGCGUCAGCGUUAAGGGCGGAAAUUGAAAACACGAAAAAUGAGGUAUUAACUUUGAGAGCAGACAAUGACACGUUAAAGUCCAAAACAAUUACGCUGACAGCCGAAAACGGCAAAUUGAAAAAUGAAUCGGAUAAACUGGUAUCUGAAGUUGAUGGGUUGAAGCUGGAAAACGCGGGUCUGAGGGAAGCACGGCAGAAAUUCGAGGAAGAAUUUGGCAAACUGAAAGGCGAGGGCGAUGGGCAGAGGGCUGAAAUUAAAAGUCUGAAGUCUAGUCUGAUAGCCGAGCAGGCAUUAUCAGAAAAAAUUAGAUCGGAAUUAUCUGCUAGCCAAUCGGAAAACGAUAGAUCGAGAGCAGAGUUGGAAAAGCUGCGGAAGAAUGUAGAUGCCCUCGAGUUGGCGAAUGACAGGCUGAACGGUGAAGUGGAGGAUUUAAAGAAAACGUCGAUCGACGCGCAAAACAAGGUGAACGCAUUGCAAUAUCACGUGGCUGCGUGGCAGGAGGAGAAAGAGGCACUUCUGAGCGAGUUAGACGGUUUACGAGCGGAAGUGAGUGGAUUAGGUAAAGAAGUUGUGUCGGAUAAAGCCGCGAGGGAAGCUGCUGAGAAAAAGGCGAUCGUUCUAAGCGGUGAAUUAAUGGAGCUGAAGGCGGACCUGGAUAAGACGCGUGUGGAAAAUGAGAGUUUGAGGCAUGAAUUGAAUGACGUGAAUAAACGGUACGCCGCGUCGGAAAACGAGAAUGCCGCACUGAAAGCCGAAAAUAUGAAAUUAGCAACAGAACUCGAUUCCAUCAAGUUGGAUUUGACAAUAGCGAGGAAUGACCUCGAUAAGUCUGAGAAUCAGAAUAGCGAGUUAAAAGCGGAGAUCGAUGAAUUGAAGAAGGUAGCCGGCGAUGUCGAAACGAAGAUUAAAUUUCUGGACGGACAGCUUGUUGACUUGUCGAAUGAAAAAGAGAGACUUGAAAAAGAGGGGAGCGACGUGAGAGCUCAGGCUGCGAUUUCAAAGGCUCACGCUGAUGACGCACGUGCGCAGCUUGAUGACUUAAUUAACGCUCUGAACGCAGAGGAAACGGGCAAGAGCGCCGCCUUAAAGGAAUUGGACGCCUUGAAAGAUGCCUUGGCCCAAUUACGAGACGAUUUGAAUAAAUGUAGAGCGGAUAACGAACGACUAACGGUCGAAUUGGCCGCUUCGGAAAGUCGUGCGUUAACGAUACAGAGAGAGUUCGCAGCAGCCGAAACUGAAAACGGCCAAUUGAGAAUGGACGGUUUGGCGAGAGCAAAGAUAGAUCGUGAUAAAGAGCGGCAGGAUUUAGAAAAGUUAACGGCAGAAAACGAGGAAUUGCGGGACGAGCUAAGAAGGGCGCAGAAAGAGAUCAAUAAAUUAAAAGAGAAUAUCGUGAAAUCGAAAGGCGAUUUUAUAGAGGAUGUGGACGAUAUCGACAGCUUCGAAAAUGAAUUGAAGAAAUUGAUGAUCGAGAUAGACAAGGCGAGAGGAGAUUUAAAGCACGCGGCGGAAGAGAAUAAUAUAUUAAAAAUGAUCAAUGACGGUCUCGAAUUAGAACUAGGUCAACUGAGAGCGCAGCAGGGCGAAAUAAAAGAUUAUCCUGAACAAGCCGAUGGAGAAGUCAAUGGGACGAAGGACCAAAUCCGAAAACUGCUUGUUGAAAAUAAUACGCUGAAAAUUGAAAACACGAAGCUGAAAUCCGGAUUGGAUCAUUGUCAAACGGAGAAAGAGCGUUUGAACGACGAAGUUAACAAUUUGCAAAGCGAAAAAAUGAAAUUACUGAGAUCUCUCCCUUCCGUAGAGGCUGGCGUGAUUAAACCGGAUGAAUGCGGCGACUUCGUUAAGGCGAAUGAAUUACUGAAGAAGCAAAUUGAAAAGCAAUAUGACGCCGUGCAACGCGUGCGUCAUUACAUACAAUUUGCGGACGGCAAAAUUCCUUCGAGACCCGCGAUGGCGACGACGUUGGACGACGAUUUUGAGAUCGAGCGCUGGACCGUGCCGUCCAUCGUCGAGCUAUUAAGAGAAUCGCAAAAGCUGUCCGAGAAUAUCUAUUUGACGGAGAUCGAAGUGCAGGAUAUCGAUAGGCUGCUGGAGCUGCUUAACGAAUGCAGAAGAGACAAUGAGAAUUACAUGAAGCAAUUAUCGGAGCUUGGUGUGGAAGUUACCAAGGUUGCAGGUGCGGAUAAUGGCGAUGAGCUUGCAGCUUUUGACCCUGAAUCUUGGUUGAAGUCUUUAACAUUGACUCAACUGGCCGAGCUGCAUGAUAAGAUCUGUCUGUUGACUUCAAAUAUGGUGCAACAAGAUAGCGGCCCUGCGGUCUGCGAUCGAUCAGCAAUUAAUCGGGGCCACGGUGGCGAUCGGCUGCGGGCGGAUUACGAUGCUUUAAACCGGCGGAUCGCCGCCUUGCAGAAGCAAAUAGCCGAGAAGCAGAUUGAGGCGGGGUGGAAGCUGCAGGAAUUAAAACGGGCUCUCCGUUUCGAGCAGGCAAACCUGAUUCAAAUCUCCGACCGGAUGAAUCUCGAAAGAAGGCGCAACCUGGCUCUCCACCUCACCAUGGACGACUCGGCGUGAUGUUUUCCUCCCAGUAUCAGCGGAUGUGUUAAAAGAGAUGCUUGUACCUCGAGAGCAACUUCUUGCUAUCGAACGUUUGACACUUUUGAGUCUCGGACAGUGUCUGUACUUUGUAUUAGACGGGGUGACGAAAUAAAAUAGCGCGUACUUCGAU